AUGAAAAUGUCACAUCCGACAUCCACUGAUAACGCACCUGCCGACGGUGAUUGCAUCGUAUGGACUGAAGAGAAACCCGCGAUAGUUUGCCAAAACAGCGCGUCGAAGUCCGAUUACAAACUCAAAAUGCAGAUGCUGUCCUACUACUCUUCAUUGUUGUCGCCGAUCGAAGAGGACCUACCACCGAAAUACGAUGCUCGAGACAGCAGGGGUCAACCUCAGUCACAUAUCUUUCAUUCCCUGUUACAUGCGAUCCGCUUCAUAUUCCUAGACCACCUUCUGCUCAAAGUACUGGCGGCUUACCUCUUGAUGCUGUAUACCACCGGCAACACGUCCCUCUUUUCACCUUUUGCAUCAUCAGAGUGGUCGAACGACGAACAACUCAUGAGGUCUCAUAGUCGAGAUUUCCUAAGCGUUGAUAUUUACGAACUCUAUGAGGACGCCGAUGCUUGGUCUAGGAGCAGGUUGGGGAGGGUUGGCUCUGACAGAAAUGCAAUUGGUGGGCCAAGUCGAAUGGGAGGUAGAACCAGAGUCAACGCUGGAUGA